AUGCAUAUGAAAGAAGACACCAAAUUGGCCUUAUCUCAUUUCCCACAUUUUACUAAUGAGACAGAAUUUGUUGGAUGUGCCAAGACCCCGCCUUCUUGGCUUAUCGCGUUGCAUCAUUAUGAGGGAGAUAAAAAACAUGUGCACGAUUUUUUUUUAUCUAAGCACUUUAUUGACGGGCCCGAAACUGUUUUAAUAUGCAAGAAGUGUCAUAAACGAUUUACAUUGACUACAUCAUCAUUACAAGCACCAACAAAAAAGACUAUUAAUCAAAUGAAUGUUAAACGUGGCAUGUGUAUUGCUAAUCAAGAAAAUAAUCUACAUCAUCUCCAUACCAUAAUUUCAACAAAUACAGAUAUAGCUUCUCAAUGUUGUUAUUGUAAUUUCACUGUGUUUGUUGUGAUUCAAGAACCUUACAUUGGUAUCCAAAUCUUUGAUGAAUUACAAAAAACAAGGCCUAUUCCCCCGUAUUCUAAAACUGCAAAGAAAACUAAUGGUGUCAAAAAUGAAUCAAAUAUCAUUGAUACCCUCGAGCUUUUAUCAAAUAUAAUUAAAGUAUUAACUAUAGAUGCAUCACCACG